AUGGAAACAAUAAAAGAUUUUUGUUCUUAAGAAAUUAUAGAGUAUUAAUUAUAUUUAAGUAGUUUCACAGAAUUAUUGGAUAAAUUUCCAGAUGUUAAUGAAUAUAUUGAAGAUUUAUCAUUUCAAUAGUCUUUGAGAUUUGUAAACAUACCAAUUUGCUUUAAAUUAAAUAAAAUUGCUCAAAUAAAUUAAACACAUAAAAUUGUGUUAAUUAAAGGAACAGUUAUAAGAGCUGGAAUGUAUUAAAAUAUAUCUAAAUAUAGUGCAAAAUCUAUGUCUAAAGUAUUGUCUUAUAGAUGUAAGGAAUGUAAAUUUGUGACAGAAAUUUAAUCAUGUUCAUCAAAUUAUUUUAUGGCGGAAAAUUAAUUGAAGUGUUAAAACAUUGUAAUAAAAUAAUAAAAAUACAAUCCAUUUUUUAAAUAGAAAUUUUAAGGUUUUAAAAAACAAAAGUGUAAUUCAACAGCAUUUGAAAAAUUAGAUGAUUAAAAAUUAAUUGAUUAUUAAGAAAUAAAAAUAUAAGAUACUUAUACUACAAUAGAACCAGGAACUAUAUCAAAUAGUAUAAGAGUAAUGUUAGAAGGAGAGUUUGUAAAUAGUUGUAAUUCAGGAGAUGAUGUAAUAAUAGGUGGUUUAGUAAUAUAAAGAUGGAAAAUGAUUAAAUAAAAACCAUAAAUAACUUUAUGGAUUGAUUGUAAAUACUUAAGAUUAUAGAAUUAAUUUAAGCUUCUCCAGAAUAUUGAUGAUGAUUAAUUAAAUUGUACUUUUUAACAUAGAAAUUAAGUAAUUAACUCAUUCAUACCUGAAUUAUGCAAUUAAUGGUAAGUUAAAUUAGGGACACUAUUAAGUUUAAUUGGAGGAAUAACAAAAACAAAUAAUGGCAUAUCCGUAAGAGGAGAUUCUCAUCUUUUAUUAAUAGGUGAACCUGGUACAGGUAAAUCUACAAUUCUUAGAAAUGCAUGUACAAUUAGUGAGAAAUCGAUAUAUGUAAAUGGUAUAGGAACUACUCAAGCUGGUUUAACAUUAUCUUUUAUUAAAGAAGGAUCAGAUUGGAUGAUUGAAGCUGGUGCAUUAGUUAUGGCUGAUUAAGGUUUAUGUUGUAUAGAUGAAUUUAAUCUCCUUAAUUAAUAAUCAUAAUAAUCUAUUUUAGAAGCUUUAGAAUAAUAAACUAUUAGUAGUAGUAAAGCAGGAAUCUCUACUAAAUUAAAUACAAGAACAACUAUUAUUGCUGCAUGUAAUCCUAUUGAAUAAAUCUAUAACAGUAAAUUAUCUAUCUAAUAUAAUACUGGAUUAUCCACCCCUUUAUUAAGUAGAUUUGAUCAAAUUUAUAUUCUUAAAGAUUAACAUGACUUUGAUUUAGAUAAAUAAUUGUGUGAACAUAUUUUCAAUCUUAAUAAUCAUAAAUCAAAUUAUACUUUAAAAUAAUUGAAAUAAUAUAUUAUUUAUGUUAAAAAUACCUUUCAACCAAUUAUGAAUGAAGAUUGCUAAUAAGUCAUAUAAAAAUAUUUUACUUUUAUUAGAUAAUCUUCUUAAUAAGUUACUGCUAGAAAAUUAGAAUCCUUAAUAAGAUUAUCUGAAGCUCAUGCAAGAUUAUGUUCCAAAAAAUAUAUUGAUGAAUUUGAUGUUGUCACUGUUAUUGCACUUAUUGAAAGCACUCAAUUUACUGGUAUCUAUCCUGAAUUUUAAGAUUGUCUUACACAAACUGUUAAUAUUGAUAAUAUAUAAGAAAUGUGGAAUCACCUAAAAAAUAUUUGA